AUGACCGGCUCCUCGUAUCGCCAUACCUUCCCUGUCCAUACCAAGACCAGUCCCAGCCCUCUCUCAAAGGAGGCACCGCCAGAGAGCUACAGAGGAUUUGUCAACCUCGGUAUGUUACUGCUGUUUGGCAACAACGUCCGUCUUAUCAUCGAGAACUACCAAAAGUACGGCAUCCUCAUAUCCCUUCCAGGGUCCAAGGUUUCUAGCGAGGACUGGCUGCUGACAGCUCUCGCCCACGUACUGCUCCCGCUGAACGUCCUCGUCGCGUUUCAAUUGGAGCGUUGGGCAAGAAAGUGGGCCAUUGGACAUCGCAAACGCAUUGCUGACACAUCCGCACGCUCUGACAACACCCUCUCGGAAGAGAGGGAUCCAAAGCAAGUUCUCAAGGAUGCACACAGCGCCGAGAACUCAAUCAAGGUGUACCAAAGCAUCGUGGGCUGGCUACACGCCUUCAACGUGAUCUUGACCCUCUCAUGGUCUUCAUACAUGUCAUAUUACCUGAUCUUUCACCCGUUCAUGUCCAUGACAUGCCUCAUCAACGGCACGAUCCAGUUCUUCAAGUUGACGUCCUAUGCGCUUGUCCAUCAAGAUCUUCGGGCUGCCUACAUCUUUGACGAGUCCCCUGACAAGUUCCACCAUCUGGCCAAGGUCCACAGUACAUCCUUACGGAAGGACGGUGAGAGGAGCGAGGGUAUCUAUACAUACGAUGUUCAGUAUCCGGCCAAUGUCACCAUCAAGAAUAUGGCAUAUUACUGGCUGGCGCCCACACUCUGCUACCAGCCAUCAUACCCACGGACCACAGUCUUUCGAAAAUCGUUCUUCCUUAAGCGCAUCCUGGAAGUCCUUACGUGUUUUGGAAUGAUGUACUUUUUGAUUGAGCAGUAUGCAACGCCCACGCUCCAAAAUUCAGUUCGUGCGGUUGAUCAGCUCGCGUUCGGGACCAUGUUGGAGCGGGUCUUGAAGCUGAGUACGACCAGUGUUCUCAUCUGGCUGCUCAUGUUCUAUACCUUUUUCCAUGCCACUUUCAAUGCCCUCGCGGAGAUGCUCUACUUUGGCGAUCGAUGCUUUUACCUGGCCUGGUGGAAUGCAGGAUCGGUUGCGAUGUAUUGGCGACUCUGGAACAAACCCAUCUACACGUUCUUCAAGCGCCAUGUGUAUCUUCCGAUGGUCACUUCAGGCAUAAGUGCGGCGAAAGCGUCCUUGAUCAUUUUCACACUGUCUGCGAUUAUGCACGAGAUCGUGAUUGGGCUCCCGACCCAUAUGAUCUACGGAUACGCUUUCGGGGGCAUGCUCUUCCAGAUCCCGCUCAUUGCGCUCACACGGCCCCUGGAGAAGUGGCGAGGAACUGGAACAGGACUCGGCAACAUGGUGUUUUGGGUGUCCUUCACGAUCCUGGGCCAGCCAGCCUGUGCACUGCUUUAUUAUUACCACUGGACCAAGCGACAUAUCGACGACCCAACCAACAGCGCUUGA